UGGCACUGCCUGUCACUGCGCGGUCUCUGGAGAUGCCUCUCACUCGCUCCUUUCCCACCAGCACCACAGUAAGUAAUCAUGGACCGAGCCAGCCGGGCGCUGGCGCAAGACCUCCCCCUAAACGUUCGUAAAUCGUAUGCGGCAAUAGCAGACCGCGGCGAAGUCCCCCUUACUACUCAAUACCUCACGCCACAGGAAGAAAAAGCCCUCGUUGAUUUCCUCUUACGAAUGGCUGACCUCGGAUGCCCCGUAAGAGUCAAGUUCCCGCCUUCGCUAGCCUUUAGCAUCGCCCGUCGGCGUGCCACUACCGAUCGAGAGAUUAAGCCCCCGAACAAGAAUUGGUCUCAGGCAUUCGAACGACGCCAUCCAGACCUCAAAGCGAGGAGAGUCAAGGCGAUGGACUGGAGACGUCACGAUAAGAACAUCUAUGACAAGAUCACGCAC